AUGCUUCCCCGGUGGUUGAGCAUCUGUACUUUGCUCUACUUACUCGCAUGUUUCGAUUUGGUGGCCGCGGGGCGAUUAAGACCAUAUCCGAGACAAGAAACUUCUCCCUCGACAGUGGAGGCAACAAAAACGACACAAAAUGACGACCGAGAAACAACUACGGCUCCGCCAGAUAACUCAGAAACCCCUUCUAGUUCAUCAGCAAAGCCUACAUCCGUCGAGGUUACUACUAGCACAACUAGUACUCCAGAAACAACCGCAAUCCCCUCCGCUCUCAACGGGAAUAAUCCGAGUAAUGAUAACUUCACCCAAGAGCCUGUUGUCAAAGGCGAAUUGCCUAUACAGCCUCGACUAACGCCAGGAUGGGGCGUUUCCGGUGCGAUUAUGCUCAUUACCGGCAUAGUGUAUGCUUUGGUUGGCAUCAAAAAUACACGGCUACAUACUUUUUUCUCAUCGGCAUAUCUUGCUAGUCUUUGUGUGGCAGUCCUGAUCGUUUACGUUAUGAGUCCUCCUAUAUCGGAUGCUAUUCAGGGGGCUUAUGUCGUAGCAGUCGUAUGCGCCGGUCUACUCCUUGGUGGUGCCGCAACUAUCUUUAAGGAACUUACUGAGGGUCUCGGAUGCCUUCUCGGUGGCUUCUGUUUUUCCAUGUGGCUUCUCACUUUGCACGAGGGUGGUUUGCUUCCAGCCACCACUGGUAAAGUGAUCUUCAUCUCUGCCUUUACGGCUGCAGGUUUCGCAUUCUACUUCAGUCACUAUACAAGGCCAUAUGCUAUGAUCGGCUUAAUGUCGUUCGCUGGUGCAACGGUUACAGUUUUGGGUAUUGAUUGCUUUAGUAGAGCAGGGUUGAAAGAAUUCUGGGCUUAUAUCUGGAACCUAAACGACAAUCUAUUCCCUCUCGAGGCCACGACAUAUCCGUUAACUAAAGGUAUAAAGGUAGAGAUCGCGGUAAUCGUCGUAUUGACCGUUCUUGGUUUAAUCUCCCAGUUCAAGCUGUGGCGCGUAAUUCAGGAGCACCGUGCGAGGCGAUUUGAAGAGCGGGCAGAGUUCGAGAGGAUGCGGGAUGAAGAGGAAGCUAGUGUCGGACGACGGGUUGAGGAAGAUAAUAAGCGUGAAAGGAGGCAAUGGGAGACAACUUACGGAGAUCUGACGACGCCAUCGAGUCCCACUGCCUCUCGCGAUUCGGGUGUUGGUGAGAUUGAGAAUGAGAAGAAGGGUCAGGUCACCCAGACAGCCGUUCAACCGGUGUCACCAAGCGAGGCGGAGAAUGAGAAUGCAAUCGAGAUGACAGAUCUCCCAUCCGAAAAUAGUACAUCUUCUGAAGUUGGUAAACAUCUGGAUGAGGGUCUGGUCAUUGCAAGGCAUAAUGAGGAUAAUCGAAUAACUGUUCGGGUUUCGAGAGAUUAUCACGAUGACAAGGAGACGGCACCCCUACCGGAACCCGAUGAAAAGGCCUGGAUGGCCGGUGUUGAUGACGAAAUGCAACCCGGAUCUCCAACAUCACUACGCAACUCGCGAAGGAUUUCGAAUUUGACCGGUCCCGAAAUAAUACCUCUACCGUUCAAAGUUCCGGAACUAGAAGAGGACAUUGAGGACGACAACGACGAUAGGUCGUCAUUCGCAACAUUCGCCGACGAAGACGAUCGGUCUAUUACGUUAAGCAAGAGAGCAUCAAGGGCGUCUCUAUCGCAUAGGUUAUCUGUUGGUUCAGGAAACUUACUGCGAAGUUUAUCACAGCGUUCUAAACGGUCUGAGAAACCCAAACGAGAGACUGGAGAAUUCGAGUUGCCGCAGCCGUCAUCUAGAUGGGGAGAAAGUAACGAAGGACUAGUCUCCAAGAAUCAAAAACCUACUGGAGAUACUGGAUCUAUCGUUGCUACCGUUGACGGCAUGAGCGAUAAUGGUGAAAAUAGCAUAGAAUUUGCUAAAUCCGAGAAACCUACUCAUCCAAGGGAAAUCAAAGCAGAAUUAGCUGAUAUGUUGUCGAAAGACGAGUCUAAUUCUAAAUAUCGGCCUGUUGCACACCUAAAGCCUAUCAACUCGGAUACUCAUCUUGAAGUUCGGCCCUACUCGACAGCAGAGACAGUUGCAACAGACAUCUUAAGCCCGUCAUUUCUAGGAGAGCCCCUUGGAAGUAAAUCGAAAAGGAGUAGCGCAGCAAAUGCCAUAGGAAAGAUGGAUGAGACGGAUGGUGCUGAUCUUACCAACGCGGUGGGAUCGAAAACUCCCUCUGAUACAUCCAAGGUUGCCAAGUCAGCAUCACCAUCUGCUGUGUCCUCCGCGAGCCUCACAAAAGAGCAUCUCCCUUCUAGUUUGUCACGAAUUGCGCUAUCGUAUCGUACAAACGAGUGGGCGAAACAUCUAACCCUAGCGGAAAAGCCUGAGCCUGAUACAUUACGCUUAAACGAGUAUGUCCAGGCCGAAGAGACGUCGAAAAAGCGAGAGGAAGUUCCCGCCCCUGUUAAUGUUGACGAGCUGCAGCAAACAGCCGAGAGUGGUAUUCCAGCAACCUCCAUUGCGAGGUCAUACUCUUCAGUAUCUAAUGCCCAAUCAAAUAUACAGGCCUACCAUUCUUCAUCAAGAACGACUGUCACAGGUGCAGAAAAUUCGGUGCAAGCUAUGUCUGCUGCCAUGCCUCUAGCAGGACAAGUACAAGAUACUAGCGACAAAUCAAAUAUUACGGGGGGAGCCCAGCCGAAUGUUCACACAAGCCACAGUCUACGGAUGAAAAACCGUCGACAGUCAAGCGAUAUCAACAUUCAACCAAUUCUGGAAGAGAAGGGUGACGAACGGCUCAGUAUUAAAGUCGAUGCUAUACAAGAGGAAGGAGACGGUUCUGCUUCAAGAUCAAGCCCUCCUUCGUCUUUAGAGUUUGAAUCACAAGGAAUGAAUCGGCCUUCCGUUCCGGGUGUUGUGUCAUACUCUAGUCCCCAAACACUCCUUGGCAAGAGAGAUAUGUUUUUGCGUAGCAAAUCUCAGUCAACAUUAUUGUUCUCACCGCCGAACCCCGAAACCACACAAUAUACACCUAGAUCGACCAGCCAAAUGGAACCUCCUUAUAAUUUACCGGCUUCUUCACCCCUUGUCAGCCAGGAUCCUGAUGAUCUUCCUCUCAGCAAACGAAAAGAACUCAUUCGUCAGAGCAGUAUGCUUUCUGCUAAAUCGACUACAAUUAACCCCAGACCAAAUAGCACUAUGAGAAUGCCUUAUACGCCUGGCCAUAGUCCAGGGCCCACGCCGCCGGUUGCAGCUGAUAGCGCGCAGUUCAACUCCCACCAACCUCAGCGGCAUUCUACUGCCCCAUCCCAAGCGCACCGUGAAGCCCUACUCGCCAAUUUCCGGCAGUCCGUUGCUGUAGAUCUACGAGCCAACACUCCUGUCUCACCCGCCGUUAACAACAGCGGGGAGACUCCUUUGGUUCGCUCUGGUUCUUCAACCUUGCUGGGACCUAUGGGGAUUCGAAAUGGAAACAGUGAUGUCCAGUACAAUAUCGAUCAGCAGAGAAGUAUGCUUCUCUCGCACCGAGAACAGGAAGCUCAGAGAAAAGAGCAGGAGCGCCGGGAGAAAGAACGUAAUGAGCGUGCUUUUGAAGAGAUGAUGCGCCGUGGCGAUUUCAUAGAUGCUCAUCGAGAAGCUAUGAGGAGGAUGCAAAGUAGCAUCAAGGAUCAAUAA